CAUGACUUUAUGGAGACAUUUUCAUUUGUAAUUUCGGAGACAUUUCUUCCCAUUCUUUCCAAGAAGUGACGCAACAUCAACACUCCCAGUAAACUGGACACAGGAAUAUUUGUUCUGUUAGAAGAGCUACGCCAGAGCACCCAGACAGACCAAGUCUCAACGAACAGGUUACUGAUUACAUGAUUUUAUUAUGGGUUUUCAUUACAAAUGAAGAUGAAAACCAUGGAGGGUUAAAGACGGUUGACAAGGACACAGGAGAGGCCUCAUGGGAGGAACAAAACGGGAUAAGAAACCAGACGGGAUAAGAAACCAGAUGGGAUAAGAAACCAGUCGGGAUAAGAAAUGUGACGACUGACUGAGCAAAAGAAGACAACGUCAGAGAAAGAAGGAAAGAGAGAUUGUGUGUUCUCUACUUUCUCAGAAGUGCAGCCCCUAAAUUCCUGUUACUAUGCCUGAGAGAGGGAGGGCAGCAGACCAGUCAAAAUGAACCCCUACGUCACCUCUCACUUUAGGAGGGAUCUCUUUCCCCACUUCCACUUGUUGUAGAGGCUUCUCUUCUCCCCUGUCUUACUGUUUGUGUGACAUGACAACACCUGUCUCUGUGUAAACCUAGGACAGCAGGUAACACCUGUCUCUGUGUAAACCUAGGACACCAGGUAACACCUGUCUCUGUGUAAACCUAGGACAGUAGGUAACAUCUGUCUCUGUGUAAACCUAGGACACCAGGUAACACCUGUCUCUGUGUAAACCUAGGACACCAGGUAACACCUGUCUCUGUGUAAACCUAGGACACCAGGUAACACCUGUCUCUGUGUAAACCUUGGACAACAGGUAACACCUGUCUCUGUGUAAACCUAGGACAGUAGGUAACAUCUGUCUCUGUGUAAACCUAGGACAACAGGUAACACCUGUCUCUGUGUAAACCUAGGACAGCAGGUAACAUCUGUCUCUGUGUAAACCUAGGACACCAGGUAACACCUGUCUCUGUGUAAACCUAGGACAGUAGGUAACAUCUGUCUCUGUGUAAACCUAGGACACCAGGUAACACCUGUCUCUGUGUAAACCUAGGACACCAGGUAACACCUGUCUCUGUGUAAACCUAGGACAGUAGGUAACAUCUGUCUCUGUGUAAACCUAGGACACCAGGUAACACCUGUCUCUGUGUAAACCUAGGACAGUAGGUAACACCUGUUUCUGUGUAAACCUAGGACAGUAGGUAACAUCUGUCUCUGUGUAAACCUAGGACAGUAGGUAACAUCUGUCUCUGUGUAAACCUAGGACAGUAGGUAACACCUGUCUCUGUGUAAACCUAGGAACCCAGGUAACAUCUGUCUCUGUGUAAACCUAGGAACCUAGGUAACAUCUGUCUCUGUGUAAACCUAGGAACCCAGGUAACAUCUGUCUCUGUGUAAACCUAGGACAGUAGGUAACAUCUGUCUUUGUGUAAACCUAGGACAGUAGGUAACAUCUGUCUCUGUGUAAACCUAGGAACCCAGGUAACAUCUGUCUCUGUGUAAACCUAGGAACCCAGGUAACAUCUGUCUCUGUGUAAACCUAGGAACCCAGGUAACAUCUGUCUCUGUGUAAACCUAGGACUGCAGGUAACAUCUGUCUCUGUGUAGACCUAGUACAGCAGGUAACAUCUGUCUCUGUGUAAACCUAGGACACCAGGUAACAUCUGUCUCUGUGUAAACCUAGGACAGUAGGUAACACCUGUCUCUGUGUAAACCUAGGACAGCAGGUAACAUCUGUCUCUGUGUAAACCUAGGACACCAGGUAACGACUGUUGCCUUGGUAUUCUCCUGUGUUGUGCCUUUGUUGCUCUUAGUCAGGGUGUUACACUGUAAACUGUCCUCAGUGAUCUGGUAAAGGUGUUACACUGUAAACUGCCCUCAUGGAGCUGGUAAAGGGUUGAACUGUUCCUCAGGAACCUAGUAACAUGUUUAGCUUGUUCACUGGGGGUCAAAAACUUGCCAGCGUUCGAAAACCACAGUCCACUGGAAAUGUGUACGGAAGGUAAAGUCUAACCAAACCUUUUUUAUGUCAUUUGGAUUUGCCCUGAAUCAAACCUUUUGAGUUUUCUUUGUUUUUAUCCCUAAGGGAUUUGGCAUGCAACAAACAAAAAAAUCUCUCUCCCCAAAAUAUUACCUUUGUUUGCCUCAGUGGGUUGUUGUUUUUACCCAGUUUUCCUUGCACAUCCUCUGUACAUUAUUGCAACAUUUUUCCAAGGCAAUUAGACUGGAAGCUUUUCUGAAAUGGAUAAACAUGUGUGUUCUCUGUCAAGCAGGGGUGUUGAGUGUGACACUUGAACCAAGAGGAGAGAACUAAAGACAACCUGUUUGGAAAAAACAAGGACACGGCACCUCCCGUCCCAGGAUUGGACAGAAUUUGACCUCUGAAAUAACCUUUGAGCUCUGGGUUUUCGUAGAGGUCAUCCAUGGGUGUAUGCCCUGUGUGCCUGUUACCCCUCCCCCCUUUCCCCACAACCGGCCAAUAGGAUUCUGCUCCUCCUACACAUUCACUUUGACUCUAUAAUAGGUGUUGUAUAGAAUGAAUACUGGUGUCAUAUGUAUAGGAUGGUACACAACAAUAGGUACAAAAAAAGUACACACAAUUGUACAUGCCUUGGUGUUCUAGUCAAGUAAUUUCAUUCUCUCUCCUUUUAUUUAUUGUCUUUCUCCCUCUCUUUCCCUCACUCCCUCUGUUAUAGAGAAUUCUCCCAUGCAGUUGUAGUGGAGAGUAAGUCUCCUUAUUGUUGCAUACAUUUUUACAACACUGAGUUAAUACGAUGUAGCUGAUCUGGUCAGUAGUCUGUCUGUGCAGUGUGUUCUGUACUGAAUUGACAAUGCCUUUAGGAGAAACACAGAGCUUCUCAGGAAUAGGAUAUCCAGCAGUCACCUGAGAGAGCCACAAACAUAUUUCAAAUGUCUCUAAAAGUCUGCUUUUGUUGUGCCAAGAACUCACCACUGACAUUUGAGGACUUUUGUGGCUUGGAAAAGAAACUCGGAUUUGAGGGGAAACUGCUGGUCACAGUCUCCCACUUGUGAGAGACACUGAGUGAGUAUUAUUUACACAGUGCAUGGCUACUGUAGCUCAUAAAUGUGUUCCAAGGCCCUGUAGCUAAGGAAACAUAGAUAUAAAAGUGUGGAGGAACAUAUUCUGACUGAUAGGAAGUGAAUGGAUUGGAAUUGUGUACCAUUAUCUGAAUCAAUAGUCUAAGGAGUUCCUCCUCUGUUUCAAUCUGCGUUGUGUAUUUUCCAUGACCAAACCACUGGGAAGUGAAGAUCUUGGAACGUAAGAAACAGCAUGUUAUUCUUUUCUCUGCUGGUUGCAUGUUAGAUACGUGUUAGAAACAUUGUACUGUACUGUGGAUCUACCCCUGGACUCUGUAUUGUCAUAUUGCACUUUAGUGAAUGUGGGGAGUAUAUAUCCUCCUUACUACUACCCCAUUGUAUCCCCAGCUCUCAUCCUUUCAAGCUUCUCAGUUCCUGUAGCCUGCUCAAUGUGUUUCCCUCGUGCUGUUUCAAACUGUCAGCAAAACUCCUGCUUCCUUGUAAGAUGGCAACAGACUAUGGGUCCCUCCUGUUGAUACCCUGGACACGUGUGUAACCUCCCUCUUCAGCCCAAAGGAGUGUAAGUACUACAGGGACUGUACAGUAUUACUGCGAGACUGUCUAUCUGCUGCUGUGGAAUACGUUUCUGACCAGAGGAGUAUAUACAGCAACAACUUGACCACUGAGUUUCCUUCAAGAGAAUGGAAGGAAGACUGUGAAUCAGGACACUGUAGAGCUGUGAGUAACCCUGACUGUUAAUAAAAAGUUAGUGGAACAAUGAUCCGGGAAGUGAGGGAAGUCAUCUACUGCUGGAUACAGUUUUUCCUCAUGGAUUUACCUUUACCACAUCAGAUGGAUUACUUUUCACCAUAGAAACAGUGGAACUGGAAAGGGGUACAGAACACCAGGUUCUUAUCAAUACCUAGGUGGUCAUUAACUCACAAAGCACAUAGGAGUUGAGACUACAGCUUCAUCAGCGUAAGACAUUGUAUUUAGCACCAUGGGAGCGGCGCGUGUUAAGCGACGUUUCAGUGCGGUGGUUGACGGGCUGGUAGACGAGGAGGAAGUCAUUAAGCUGGCUCUGAGUGUUGCUGACACGGCCAGGGUGGGGGGGAGCACAGGAGGCUCAGGGAGCCCCACCAGUCUCUCUCCCACACACAACCGAAAUGGCAAAGCACUCCCCCUGCAGGGCAACGGCAGCAAUGCACGGAGGCCCAGCGGAGCCCUGGAGGCAGGAGGAGGGGAAGGAUCGAUGAAAGGAGGAGGGCGCUCAGAACUGAGGGGCGGGAGGGGCGGAAGUCUGGGGAGAAGGGGAGAAGGCUGUUCGUCCUCGGACCGAGAUUCAACACUGUCGUCCCCUUCCUCCUCAAGCCGCCGGCCCCCCCGGCGCUCUAGACGCCGGCCCCGCCACCGCUUUGUGGGCAAGGACGGGCGCUGCAACGUCACCUUCGUCAACAUGAGCGAGAGAGGCCAGCGUUACCUCAGCGACCUCUUCACCACCUGCGUGGACAUCCGCUGGCGUUGGAUGCUAGUCAUCUUCUGCCUCUCCUUCCUCCUCUCCUGGCUGCUCUUUGGCUUUGCCUUCUGGCUCAUUGCCGCCGCGCACGGGGACUUCGCCAUCCGCCUCAACCCCAGCUCGGGUGCCUCUUCCGGGGGAGGAGAUGAGUCCGGAGCAGGGGCGGUGGUGGAAGUGGAGGAAACGUGUUUUGUUCAGGUGAACAGCUUUAUGGCGGCCUUCCUGUUCUCCCUGGAGACGCAGACAUCCAUUGGUUACGGCUUCCGCAGCGUGACCGAGGCCUGCCCCCUGGCGGUGAUGGCGGUCGUCUUGCAGUGCAUUGUGGGCUGCAUCAUCGACGCCUUCAUCAUCGGAGCGGUCAUGGCGAAGAUCGCUAAGCCCAAGAAGCGUAACGAGACGCUGUUGUUCUCUGACACGGCAGUGGUGGCGCUGAGAGACGGGAAACUCUGCAUGAUGUGGAGGGUGGGGAACCUACGCAAGAGCCACCUGGUAGAAGCACACGUACGUGCACAGGUAAUGAAGCCGAGGGUGACCCCAGAGGGAGAGUUCCUCCCGCUGGACAACGAGGACGUCAACGUGGGAUUUGACACGGGAACCGACCGCAUCUUCCUGGUUUCCCCGGUAACCAUCGUCCACGAGAUCAACGAUGAGUCACCGUUUUUCGAGAUGGACCGUCGGACUCUGGAGGGCGACACGGAGUUGGAGGUGGUGGUCAUUCUGGAGGGUAUGGUGGAGGCCACAGCCAUGACCACACAGUGUCGCAGCUCCUACCUCGCCUCCGAGAUCCUCUGGGGUCACCGCUUCGAACCUGUGCUCUUCGAGAGGAAGAACUGUUACCAGGUGGACUACUCAUUCUUCCACCGGACCUAUGAGAUUCCCAGCACACCCUCUUGCAGCGCUAAAGAGUUGGCCGAGCAGAAGUACAUCCAGGGCUCACGCUCCUCCUUCUGCUACGAGAACGAAGUAGCCCUGCAGCUCGUCUCCCCUGACAAUGACCCUGAGGGCAACCCUGGCGGCUGCCCCUCCCCCCUGACCCACCGAUCCUCCCUCUCACAACCCACCCACACUAACUAGGGAGGCGACAGGCAGAGGGGACAGGAAGUGACCUGGGAUCCACAGGAAGUCAGGGACAGACAGAGGGAGAGAGAGGCAGAAAGAGAGACAGGCUUCAUAGGAAAAGAGACCAAAGUAGAGAAAGGUAAGUACAUGGUUUAGGGAAAAGGACAACAUUGAGAGACUGACGUUGAGAGAGGUGUAGAAAGAGAAACAGAAGACACGACAAAGACGCCGAGAGACAAACGGAGAGAGAGAGAUGCUGUAUACUGUCAAACAGAGAGAAAAGGACAGACAGAUAGGACAGAAAAGGAGAGAGAGGGAUAGAAAGAGAGAAAGAGAGAGAGAAGUGUCAUUGAAAGGGGUAGAUGGGCUGCUGCUACUCUGACUGUGUUAGCUGAUUUGGACAUAGCGAUCUUUCAGAAUCAUUAUGAACCUGUCUGUCUCAGACCCGUCCCGUCAACCAACCGCUACAUUCACCACUGGCUCCAGCACCUAGCUGACCACACAUACAACACUGACCCCUAUUGGCUUCAGUCUGUACCUGCAGCUCCUGUUCAGUUACAACUCACACUGGACACAUGGGAGUAAGGUGAAGCUGCCCCCUAGACACUGAGCUAUGACCAGUUUAGUGUUUCUGCCCCCUAAUGGUGAAAGUUAGGUUUUGGAGAGGCUAAGCUGAUCCUAGAUCUGUGCCUACGGCUAACUUCUACCCCAAACCUGUGGAUGUUGAAUACUGUGUGACAGAAUGAGGUAAACGGUGUAUUGACAUUGAGGGAUGUUUGUUGAAAGACAAGGCAUUAUUGAUAUGUUUUUGAUUCUGGUCAUUUGUGUUCUGUCAAUGUUUGAGCAGGUCUGUUGUGUUAGACUGAUAUGUAGAAAAAUGGAUACAGAGAAACAGCUGAAAAUAAGCAGCGGUUUUAAGCUGUUUCUUUGACUUGUACUGUAUGUUGUUAUUCUGUAUUUAUAAUGCAAGACUAUUAUAUAUUUGCUUUAUUUAAUCAAACAUGUUGCUUGUUCAACUGGGUGCAGUGUCAGCACCACAAAACCAUAUGAGUGCAUCGUCUGGUAACAUGUGAUUUGAAGGUCUACUUCUAAACUUAUGAUUGAUUGUUUAAUAUGGUUAACUAUGGUUAACAAACAAAGGUUUAUAAGUACUUUGUAAGCAGAACUUUUAUUAAAAUGUUACCUUAUGUUAUUUUUUAAAUUCUACAGUACCCAGCUGAAGGAACAAUCUUAUGUUAAUGUUUACCUCUGUCUUGAAUAUGAGAUUCUAUCACCUGAGAUUCUGUGUUCCUCAAACAUUUAACUUUGUAUGAUUUUCCUCAGUAUUUUCUUUAUUUUGAUCAUUUGCUGAAUACUGUAUAUUUGGUAGAAUUUUAAGGGGGAAAUGGGGGAUGUUAAAGGUAGACUCAGCGAUAUGACGUAGAUGCAGAAAGUAAACAGCAUAGUGGGUCAAUAUCCACAACAACUAAGAGCGUUGAAGUGUGAGGCUCAACUUCUCCGCUGUUUAAAUACAUAGUGAGGGUAUUCCAUACCGGUAAAACAUGAGCCUAUCACAAUAAUGAAAACAAAAUGUUGCCGAGGCUGAGAUGGAUGGCUGACACUGAGACGGGCGCGGACAGCAGUGGACGCAUACAUUCUGGCCUAAUGACAAUCACCAAAAUGUCAUUACACUUGUUGGUGUUUUGUGUAACAGAAGUCUCUUUCCAUCCACCACUGUUUGGAGGCUGGAGACAUGUUGAGACUGGAUGAACAUGUAAAGGAGCCCUCUGGAGACAUGUUGAGACUGGAUGAACAUGUAAAGGAGCCCUCUGGAGACAUUUGAGACUGGAUGAACAUGUAAAGGAGCCCUCUGGAGACAUGUUGAGACUGGAUGAACAUGUAAAGGAGCCCUCUGGAGACAUGUUGAGACUGGAUGAACAUGUAAAGGAGCCCUCUGGAGACAUGUUGAGACUGGAUGAACAUGUAAAGGAGCCCUCUGGAGACAUGUUGAGACUGGAUGAACAUGUAAAGGAGCCCUCUGGAGACAUGUUGAGACUGGAUGAACAUGUAAAGGAGCCCUUUGAGGUGAUUGUUUGACAAUCAGAUGAAAACAUCAUGACAUGUGGUUUGUGCCACAGUAGAAGGUAAUACAUUGUAAAAGUUAAAUAACAAAUCUUUAGUACGAGGCCCACAGAGAUCCUAAUGAAUGAAUAGAGAUUCCAUAUGGAAUGAAUGAAUAGAGAUUCUAUAUGGAAUGAAUGAAUAGAGAUUCUAUAUGUAAUGAAUGAAUAGAGAUUCUAUAUGUAAUGAAUGAAUAGAGAUUCUAUAUGGAAUGAAUGAAUAGAGAUUCCAUAUGGAAUGAAUGAAUAGAGAUUCUAUAUGUAAUGAAUGAAUAGAGAUUCUAUAUGUAAUGAAUGAAUAGAGAUUCCAUAUGGAAUGAAUGAAUAGAGAUUCUAUAUGUAAUGAAUGAAUAGAGAUUCUAUAUGUAAUGAAUGAAUAGAGAUUCUAUAUGGAAUGAAUGAAUAGAGAUUCUAUAUGGAAUGAAUGAAUAGAGAUUCUAAAUGUAAUGAAUGAAUAGAGAUUCUAUAUGGAAUGAAUGAAUAGAGAUUCUAUAUGUAAUGAAUGAAUAGAGAUUCUAUAUGGAAUGAAUGAAUAGAGAUUCUAUAUGGAAUGAAUGAAUAGAGAUUCUAUAUGUAAUGAAUGAAUAGAGAUUCUAUAUGUAAUGAAUGAAUAGAGAUUCUAUAUGUAAUGAAUGAAUAGAGAUUCCAUAUGGAAUGAAUGAAUAGAGAUUCUAUAUGUAAUGAAUGAAUAGAGAUUCUAUAUGGAAUGAAUGAAUAGAGAUUCCAUAUGGAAUGAAUGAAUAGAGAUUCUAUAUGGAAUGAAUGAAUAGAGAUUCUAUAUGUAAUGAAUGAAUAGAGAUUCCAUAUGGAAUGAAUGAAUAGAGAUUCUAUAUGGAAUGAAUGAAUAGAGAUUCUAUAUGGAAUGAAUGAAUAGAGAUUCUAUAUGGAAUGAAUGAAUAGAGAUUCUAUAUGGAAUGAAUGAAUAGAGAUUCUAUAUGUAAUGAAUGAAUAGAGAUUCUAUAUGGAAUUGUGUGAUCAUGUGAACAUAGGAGGUCCCAUACUGGGAAGAAAUGACAUCUACUUUCACCCGUGUGUGUGUGUGACUGUGAGAGUGAAGUCCUGCGUCUCACUCAUCUCAAUAACUGCAGUGCUGCUCGUGGCAACGUCAUUUAGCUGAGUUUACCUUUAAGGUGACAUUGUUGGAAGUGUCCAGGCCUUGGCAGAGCACCCUAAACUGGGACUGGAAAUGGACCGUAAACCUGUUGGACUGCCAUGACAACUGGAAGCAUGUACUGAAGACCUGAAACGUACAACUGUCACUUCACUGCAGUACAUUUACGUAAGGAAAACCUCCCUGACCACUCCCUACAUCUUUCUGUUCUUACUGUAAACUGUGAGGGCUCACAACUGCACUGGCGAACCACCUGAGGAGGAAUUGAAUUUAUGUGACAUUCUGUUCUCUGAGAGAGGUUCUGUUCAAAGAAUUAGAAUGGAUGACUAAUCCUGAAUUCUAUGAUUCUGCUUUGGUUGGUGUCUGUCUCACACUAUGUGGGAGACUAAUGCAUUGUGCGGUGCCUUCAAAAAGAAGUCUAUGGUGUUAUUCUAUAACUUAGCACAAGAUUUGCAAUGUUCAAAUGAGAUGUUUUUAUUGCCUGUCUAUUUUGUUGAAUCGUGUAACUCUUCUGAAAGUGAUGGUUUCUGAAAUAUGGAUACUGGUGUUAUUGAGAGAUGAAGAGUUCUAACUUCUAUGCCGUUACUACCACAAUAUUUAGUCACACUUUACAUUAAGUUAAACUGCCAUGUGUGGUAUUACAUAAUAACUAAGUCAUUAUUUCAAAUAGAAUCUAUUCCGUUUCCUUUUCGCAGUAUUACAAUUCAAAAUCAUUGGGUUAUGCACCUUACCAGCAGAUACCAUGCACAAUAUAUCAUGAAUCUACAUGAUAUAACUUCAUGUAAAGUGUUGACCAAUUGUCUUGACCACUAGAUGAUACACCAGGGCUGUAAUGUUCUACCUACUACAAGGACAGACAACUCUGAAACUUUGACUUGCAUCUUUGCACAGAAGUAAAUUGACACUAUGGAUUAACUCAAAGGCAAAUAUCACAUACGUACAUACAAAGCACUGUAAAAGCAAACAAACGGCUAUUGAAAUGGCAUUUUAAGACGUCACAUACUGUAUAUAGAAAGCAGCACUUCACACACACUGACCUUUUGAACAGGCAACAUGGAUAUUUCACCUUUUAAAGCAGAUUCCAUGAUAUGAUUUACAACCAUAUUGAUCGGUUAUAGUUGGUGUUAUUGACAUUUAUUCAACUUCUGUGUCUUUCCUUAUUUUUCUAUGUCUCCAUGGCCACCGAGUUCUAUUUAUAGGUGAAUGGCCAGUCCCGUCUGCUCCACUUCCUGUUGGGGGUAACUUGAACCCUGACCACCAGGACUCUGACCUCUGCGUUAGUCUUUUUUUUUACACAUCCCACACAACAACAACAUAGCCAGAUGGAUUACUAGAUGACUUCCUGGUUGGUUGCUUUAUUAGAUUCCAGAAUAAAACUCUGAUAUUGCAGGUCACAGUAUGUUGGGAUGUACGGUAGUGGAAUCAGGUUGUUACUAGCUGUGCUCUAUUAUUAUUUUCUACAGAUACCACUGUAUACGUUUCCCAUCCUUCUCUGUUGUAUCACAAAAAAAAAGAAUGGCACUAUAGAGCAAAUAAAACACAUUGAUUGAUA